AUGGUUGUUUUGUCCGACUAUGGUUGUUCGGAUUCAGUGUUUUCCAAUGCACCAUCUGACUGCGCAGUCUCCAGAGGUACCUUGUUUAAUGUGAACCAAUCAUCUUCCUGGGACGGAUUGGGUCUCUUCGGUAUCAACCAGAAUGGUGUAGGUCUCGAGGCCAAUCUUGGUUAUUACCAAAGAGGAGAAUUCGCCCUAGAUACGAUAGGGAUCGGUCUCACUGGACCUACUUUGAAGAAUCAGACUGUGGCCGGAAUUGCAACACCCGAACCUUUUUAUCUUGGAAUAUUUGGCUUGAACUCUCAACCCGUGAACUUUACAUCCCUGGGAAACUUCUCUUCAUCCUCAUUCAUCACGACUCUUAAGGAUGAAGGCACUAUCCCAAGUCUGAGCUGGAGCUACACGGCUGGUGCCAAGUAUCGCUUGAAAGAAGUAUAUGGCCAACUUGUCUUCUCCGGUUAUGACACAUCCCGGUUCACUGCGAACUCGGUGUCGUUCACCAUGGCCGAUGACGUGACCCGCGACCUGGUUGUGUAUCUACAGUCCAUCAGCUAUAGCGGAUCAAGUUCUGCCACAUUACUCUCCGAGCCAAUUUUGAUCUUCAUUGACUCGACUGACCCCAACCUCUGGCUCCCGGAGAGUGUUUGUGAGGCGUUCGAAAAUGCCUUUGGUCUCAGCCUCGACAGCGAGAGCGAUCUAUAUCUUGUGAACGAUACUCACCACACCGAAUUGUUGAACUCGGACGCGCAGGUGACAUUUCGGCUGUCCGAUGUGGAUAACGGUGGAGAUGCAGUGACAAUCACCCUUCCAUAUGAUGCUUUUGCACUGACUGCCGAGGCUCCGCUGGUCGACAAUAGCAGCUACUAUUUCCCACUGAAACGCGCGGCCAACUCUACCCAGUAUACAUUGGGCCGAGCUUUCUUGCAAGAAGCGUACCUCUCGGCUGAUUACGAGCGAGGUGUCUUCAAUGUGUCGGCAUGCGCUUGGAAUGAAAAUGCUGAAGAAGACAUCAUCACAAUCACGUCUAAAGAUUCGGACUCCUCCACUUGCUCUGGAAACGCAUGUACUUCCAGUGCUAGUGGCUCUAAUAGCUCAGAUAACUCUUCGUCACUCAGCCGCGGCGCUGUGGCUGGCAUCGCGAUUGCGGCGCUGGUCGGUGUAGCCAUUCUUGCAGCUGUUCUCUUCUUUUUCAUUCGCCGUCAGCACCAAAAGACAGCAUACAGAGCGACAUCACCGAGGCCCGGUAUGUCUGAAUACUUCGGUCCGAUACACAAUGACGCUUCUCUCGGCCCAUCGCAGCCAUCCGACCCAUCAGACCCGUCUGCCCCACCAGCAACAUUUUGGUCACCGGAUGUGAUAUUUGGCGAUGUAAGUGACAGUCAUAAUGGCGCGAGUAGCAGCAGUGGUGGGAAUCACGAGCAAAGUGUUGAAGAGAAUCAUAUGGAGCUAGACGCUCAUGGUACACAAAUUCAGCCAGUCUAUCAUGAGUUGGCCGGCAGUGAAGUUGAGAAAGCAACGCCAGGGCUACCACAGCAAGCGUCGAGUACGCCUUACGCAUGA